CGACUUUCUGAAUAAGAGCAUUCAGCUGUGCUCAUGGUGUCCUCAACUCCUAGAGUUGAUGAACGUGUAAGACGAGUUGCCGCUGUUGAGAGUUGUAUUAGCCCUCAUAAUAACCCAUCGUCACCCAUGGCAUGAGGAGCAAGGUUGUUGAUGCUGGGAAAAGGGUAAGUGUAUGUCCCUCCCUCUUGCCAUAUCUACUUCUCACACUCACUCAAACCGCACUCGACCUCCAAUCCCAAGACCCACCGUCCUACAUCCGCGGCUGAAUGCACGCAUGCCAGCAUCGUGCGCAGCCCACCCCCUUCCCCCUCUCCAUACUUCAAAACUCAAAACAUUCAUUCACGACCACCUCCUCUACAUGGACCCUGCACGCGUUUUUCCCACCUUGCCCAGCACGGCCAGUUCCAGAGUUGCGGCCCCAGCCCUGUCGCAUACCCUUCCCGAUCCAACAGUUCAGCUACCGCAGCAGUACAUUGCAUGUUGAUAUCAAGGUCCCGAUUAUGUUGAGUUGGGUGGAGGAUGUUGAAGCCGUGGAAGAAGGGGAGCUGGAGAAAGCGCGAAUGGAGAAGGAGGAGGAGAGGUUACUUUGGAGGGGGUUGACUACGGGGAUUCAUCAGAGGCUGGGUGGUGCAAGUGUGAACGGCUGGUCGACUCGGUCCAAGAGGCUGGUGACAAGUAAUUUGGUCCAGUUCAAGUCUACGAUGUAUCCUGAAUGGUUUACCCACCGCAUCGCUCCCUGGGUGCAUUACAUCCCCAUCCAAACUGACUACUCUGACCUGUAUGACGCGUUCCUCCUCUUUUGCGGACUCGAGCGGGCACGGUGCACAUGAAGACCUUGCACAGAAGAUUGCGAGGGCCAGGGAGUAGGGUUUGGGGUUUUGGAGGAGGGAGGGUAUGGUCGCUUAUCUGUAUACGUGAGUAGGUAUGUGCGCACGAAGGGUUGCGUUGCGUUGGAUGUCGGAUUCCAUCUCGCGCGCGAUGUUGAUUUGUUUUAUCCUUA